AUGUGGGGACCCUCAGAACUCGGGGUGCCCCGCAGCCCCCUGGCCCCGGCAUUGAAGGACGCUGAAGGAGCAGUGGGGCGCAGAGAGGUACAGGCCGGACGGGGGCGGCUGAAGGGACUGGGGCCUCGAGGCCAGCGAGCAGGGAGCGGGGAGGCAUACCCUCUGUACCAGCUGGGCGGCCCCCAACUCCGCGUAUUUCGAACCAACUUCUUCAUUCAGCUGGUGCGGCCAGGCACGGAACAGCCCGAGGACACAGUGCAGUUCCGGAUCCCCAUGGAGAUGACCAGGGUGGACCUCAGGAAUUACCUUGAGCGCAUUUACAACGUGCCCGUGGCUGCCGUGCGGACAAGGGUGCAGCACGGCUCCGGCAGGAAACGGGAUUACAGAAAUGUAAGGAUAAAGAAGCCAGACUACAAGGUCGCCUACGUGCAGCUGGCCCAUGGACAGACCUUCACAUUCCCAGAUCUGUUUCCCGAGAAGGAGCAGAGCUGUGAAGGCGGCUCUGCCCACGAUGCCCAGAGCAUGCUCCUGGAGCAGGAGCAGCAGCGGCAGCAGCAGCGGCAUGGUGACCCCCGGCGUGGCGGCAUCCCUGACUGGUUCAGCCUGUGAUAAGGCCUCCUGUGGGGACCCAGGCCCCUGGUGGUGCAGCCACAGAGCAGCUCUGACAGUCCAAAUAAAAGUCCUGUUGUGUGGGAAAGAGCCGGAA